AUGGUCUCCUUUAAUUCAAUACUCCUCCUCUGCGCCACCGUCGCUUUAAAUGUUCUCUCCUUUCCACUUGAGUUCAAUGCCACCGAGCUUGUCGAGCGUGCUGGCACCCCCAGUGGCCAAGGCACAUCAAAUGGUUACUUCUAUUCCUUCUACACUGACGGCGGCGGAACCGUCAACUACGCAAAUGGUGCCAGCGGCUCUUACACAGUUUCCUGGGUAAAUUGCGGCAACUUUGUCGCUGGCAAAGGCUGGAAUCCAGGCAGUGCUCGUACGAUCAACUAUUCCGGUACCUUCAAUCCAAGUGGAAACGGCUAUCUCUCAGUCUAUGGGUGGAGCACCGGCCCCCUCGUCGAAUACUACAUCGUAGAGUCUUAUGGCACGUACAACCCUGGUUCUGCCGUAACCUUCAAAGGCACUGUUACGUCCGAUGGUGGAACAUACAAUAUUUAUGAGUCAACUCGCACCAAUGCACCUUCUAUCAUUGGAACUGCGACGUUCAAUCAGUACUGGUCUAUACGCACUUCGAAGAGGGUGGGAGGUACUGUGACGACGGCAACUCACUUCAACGCUUGGGCAAAAUUGGGGAUGAACCUUGGCACAUACAAUUAUCAAAUUGUUGCCACUGAGGGUUACCAGAGUAGCGGGAGUUCGUCUAUCACCGUGUCAUAG